GUUCGUUCAAAACUUUCGCUUUGUUGAAGUCACGAGAUUUCACCAUUGGCUUUUGCCGACGUUUCGUUUCUAUAUAGGAAUACUUCAUAAGUCCUUAUUGGGCCCACAAUAUAAUUUUCUUGUUCCGCGGUCUGUUAUGUCCUUGAAUCUCUUAAACGCGUGGUAUUAUGUACAUAUUCCUGUAUAAAGUUAUUAUAGUCACUGUUGACUCACGAAUACGUAUUUGUAUAUGCAUAUGUGCAUAUAUAUAUGUAGGGGUUGCUCAAUACGCAAAACCAUAUUUUCGAGGCCUUGGAGAAAUUUUAUGGCGAGGCUAUGAUUUAAUGACAAAUCAAUUAGGCAUAAGAUAACCUCUCAGAUUUUAGUACGAAAUUCACUCAUCCACUUAGUUAAAUUGAGUUUUGGUAUUAUAGCUAAUGUCAUUUCGUGAUGAAAAUCCUGAACAUUAACCACCAACUGUUAAUCAUAAUUCUUAUUACUCACAUUGGUUUAUAACACUCAUUCGGUCUCGGUUAUUAGGUGGACACCCCCAUAAAUUGUAGUCUCACUGAGCCUGCACAAAAACAUGUGGAAUUCGGGGUUUGAGUCAGAAAGCUAUGGAGCUUGCCGAAAGUCAUAAUGGUGCUACCUUCCGCUAAAUCUUUCGGAAAAACGGUUGAUCAUCACUUUAGUUCUGCAAAUACUAAAGACGAUUACUCCAAGUGUUGCUAAGUUGUACCUCUCAGUUUCUCGGAGUAUGACAAGAAUCAUGCCUCUAACCUAGAACACUCUUCAACUACCCAGACACUGAUUACAAGAAAAAACAGUUCGUUAAUCCUGACAAACUAAUUGGAAGUUGUAAUGCAGUUUACCAAAUAGUUUCGUGAGGUUAAACGAUACACAAUCGUCAAUUAUGACAACGUGUAUGUAGCUUUCGUUUACUGCAUGGUUCUGGAAAUAACUGAAUCUUCUUUUCGACCUAACAACUCAGCUGACGGACAAAAAUCCCUCGAUAAUCAUUUUGGCCGAAAAACAGAAAUAACUAUCAUAUAAAAUGCUUUAUAUCUUACUCAUAUCCAAAAUUGGCUGCAAACUUGAUUUUUGAGAUCAAUGAAUGCUCGUGUGUUUAUUAUAGUCCUUUAAUUUAUCCAGGUGCUACCACAAGAAAAAUGCUGAACGAUAUUAAAAAGGAAUUAAAAAACAUGUUAACACCGAAUAAUCCAGUUUCUUGUUACGUAUUGUGUCCUUCCGUUAGUGAUAAAACUAGUGUUUUAAACUCUUGCUGGUAUCAUAUUGCUGCAAAACUUUUGAGGGAUUGGUGAUCAUAAAUGAAGAGCAGCUAUGUGUGACGAGUCUAGCUACAUUAGUAAGCCUAUUUCCACUAUACAGGAAUUGGUACACUGGGACUUCCCGUCUACAUCGAAUCUUACAAUACCUUUAAGCUAUUUCAGUGACUUUUUAAAUGACUUUGGCUUUAUUCGUAAGUCCUCUGGAUUACCUAAAGUUAUAUACUGUCAUGAUAUGGCUGGCGGUUAUCUGUCCUCUGAUCGAACAGUCAACUUCACUUGUGUUUUUCCUGCUUUUCGAUUCGUUCAUUGGCACUUGGUUGACAUAUUUAUUUACUUCAGUCAUCAGUUCAUAACUAUACCGCCAGUCUCAUGGAUUAAUCUAGCACAUAGACAGGGUGUCAGUGUCUAUGGUACUGUAAUUAUGGAAUCAGUGGAGUGUGAUGGAUUCAAAUUCAUUUUUAUGGGUUCCUCGGAACAUUAUCGUGAUGUCAAUAAAAUAUCAAACUAUAAGGAUUUUGCCAUACGUUUGGAUCAAAUAAGACGAGUUGUUGGGUUUGAGGGUUGGUUUAUUAACUUUGAAAUUUCUCUACCCUGGGAAGAAAUUGCUACAAUUCGUGAUCGAAUAAAGAAAUUCCUACGAAUGCUUAGAAACCUCGGUUCUGAAGUUAUCUGGUAUGAUGCACUAACUUGGUCUGGCCACUUAAGCUUUCAGAAUGAAUUGACCGAAGAAAAUUUGCCGUAUAUGAAAGCGUCCGGAAGUGGUUUAUUUCUCAAUUAUAAUUGGAAUCCAGUUAAGUUACGACGAUCACAAGAGGUUGCUGUUAAUUCUUCAAUGUCAACAAAGGUGUUUGUCGGUAUUGAUUGUUUUGGUCGUGGUUGUAUUGGAGGCGGUGGCUUCGGUACAGUCGAAGCACUGAAAGUUGUUUUAGAUAUUAACGCUUCUAGACCCGACCGCCCAUUAUCAGUGGCUUUAUUUGCACCUGGUUGGGUGUUCGAAAAGUGCGAUUUGACAGAAGCAGCUGGUGAUCCAAUCAAAGCAUUCAGCUUAUUAGCAGAGAUGAACACAAAAUUCUGGUCAUAUUUAAGUCCAUUAAUUUGUCGUCUACGGGGUUUGAGUAGUAUUGAUAAUGUUACAAUGCUAUAUAAACCUACACUUCCCAGUCUACCGGUUAUUCAAUUACCUUGUGAUUUAUGUGAAAAAUAUGAUUCAGAUAUUUUAUUUUGCACAACAUGUUGCUCUGGUCAGGGUUUAUUACCUCCAAAGCCUUCGACGGCACAAAAUGAAAUGAUAUUACAGUACGGAAGUCAAAUGGGUCGGCAACAAAUAUUUCCAACUUGCCGUGAACUAAACAAAUCAUUGACUGAUAACGACAUGACGAAAUUUAGUUUUUCCGCUGUCCAAAUCUUGGAAACAGGUUACGAAAAAUUCACAGGAACGUGUUUAUGUAUACGUUUCGAACAAUCCGAUAAAGUAGUCGAUUUUGAGCAACAAAAAUCAAAUGAUUCACUAAUGGAGUUAUUUCUUUUUGGUCGUAAUUCAUUUAUAUCUGAUAAAGCACAAUUCAAACUAGCCAUUACUCCAUACACUUUAAAUAAGGAGACAUCUUUGCCAUCUGAACAACGUUUGGACCAUAAAAUCGGUUUAAAACUGUUUGUGGAUACAUUUCAUUUCCCGGAUAAAAAUGAUGGUGAAAUUAAUUUUAAACGCACAUUUCUGACAGCUGAUGAGGAAAGAAUUGAAUUGAAAAACAAUAUACCUUGGUCUGUACUUCAUUACAACGUAACUGAUCUCAUUUUUGAUCCCAAUAAAAAUAUUUCAGAGUCAGAAAAAUUUUCAAAUACAACAUCUUCAUCACAUUGUAUCCAUCUACAUCGUAUCGGUUUAACUUGGAGUUGGAAUUCAAUUUUACAUAUUUAUGAUAAAUCUAUCAUGAAAUUCAAUGGUUUUCUUAUAGGUUUAAUUGAACUACGUGAUCCUCAAUGGCCAUUGGAAAAUUAUUUUGAAUAAUAAAUUGAUUAACUAAUAUGAUUCAUGUAUUUUCUUCACACAUCUUUCACUCUCUAUUGGAUUUAUUUAUAUUCUUUUUCUUAUUCUAUCUCAUAAUUUUGCAUGAUUUUUGUAUUGUUUUAUUUUUCUUCCAAAAUUUUUAUGUUACUGAGAUCAACAACAUAAUUGUUGUUAUUGAUAAUAUGACUACUAUGACUUUCAGAUUUUUAUACUUAGUAUCUUAUUAUCAUUUGUAUUAUUUAUUAAUAGUUUCCCUACGUAUACAAUAAAAAUAUCGACUUCAACCUUGCAAUGAUUUCUCUGUAAAUGGUAUGUAUGUGUAUGAGUUAUGUUUUCAAAAUAAUUGCAAUGAUCCAUUAUCUUCUAGAUGUUAUACGAACUAAUUUUAUUAAAUUGUUAUCUUAAACAGAGCAAGAACGAACAUUGCUGCAGAAUAAUACGAAUUCAUUU